AUGUGACGCGGUCGUUCAUUUCGGUGGGUAUGACGGUGCGCGUCGCGAGGUUCGCGGUGUAACGUGCUGCCGGGCUGCAGGCCGCCGCCUCGGUGCUCUGGCGUGCUGCACACACACGCACGCGCGUUCCCGCAUACGUGUUUACUAUUAUCAUUAUAUAGUAUUUUCACGACCACGUCUGAGCCGGAACGCCCGGAGCAGGAGUAGUGAGUGAGUACCCGAGUGCACUUUCUGUUUACACGUUCAGGCGUUACUACGUCGGUUCAUCAGUCGCACUCUCUUCUCGUACACACACACACGUAAACACAGGCGUGCGUGCGCGACUGGCAACGGCACGUUAAUUUAGCAUUUCGGCUCUCGUGCAAAUCUCAAUUCACAAUAAUACCAUUGUUCAGCAGUCGGAAGACUACUCUAUCGGCAGUGUUUUUGUCAUACUCCGUGAACGCGUUCAGUUUUCGGUUAGCUUGCAAUAAAGCUAAGCGGCCGAUUCACACCCCUGUUUGCUGCUCCGCGUCGCCACUCGUCGUCCUACACGUCCCGCCGAUUAUUAUUAGUCCUCCGCCGAACCGCGUGAUAAAUAAGUACCCAUUUUACAUUAUAUUAUCGCACGUCAACAGUUCGCGCGGGAAUACGACGUCGCCAUGGUCCGUCUUAUGAUGUACCCCGAGCCGUCUAACUAUUCGUACGUGUUCGACUUCGAGGAGAACUUCCACUACGAAUGGACGCGGCAGUGGAUGACCGAAAACUGGACCAACGGGUUCUAUUACUGCACCAUAUACGCCAUGCUGGUGUUCGGGCUCCGGCGGAUGAUGCGCGACCGGGCCGGUUUCCGGCUUAAGGGGCUGCUGGUGCUGUGGAACACCAUGCUGGCCACGUUCAGCCUGGUCGGAUUCGCCCGGACGGCGCCCGAGCUGUUCCGGGUGCUCAACAAAUACGGUCUGCACCAUUCGGUGUGCGUCACCAGCUAUAUUCUGGAUGACAAGGUGUCCGGUUUUUGGUCAUGGGUAUUCGUACUGUCCAAACUGCCCGAACUGUGUGACACUAUAUUCAUAGUGAUGCGCAAGAAGCCGCUCAUCUUCCUGCACUGGUACCAUCACAUCACCGUGCUGCUGUAUUCGUGGUUCUCAUAUAUGGAGUUCACGUCGUCUGCCCGGUGGUUCAUCGUCAUGAACUACUCGGUGCACUCUAUGAUGUAUUCGUAUUUCGCAAUCAGCGCCAUGGGUUACCGGUUGCCCAAAUGUGUGUCUAUGUUCAUCACGGCCAGCCAGCUAAUGCAGAUGUUGGCCGGCUGCUUCAUCAACUACACCACGUACAGUUACCUGAAGUCGGGUGGUCAGCAAUCGUGCCGGGUGUCCCAGACCAAUGUUACUGUGUCGUCUUUAAUGUACUUCAGUUACUUAUUGCUGUUCGCUAGAUUUUUCUACAACGCAUACUUCAGCAAGUCUAAAAAAUCGUCCAAACAACACUGACCUCCAAUGACAUGUGUUGUUAUUAUUUUAGUUAUUAUAUAUAUUGGUUUUGAACGAAGUGCUAUUAUAAAUAUUAUUUAUGUUAUUUACAAGAUCAAUUUGUUCUACCCCUUUAAUGACAAAUGAAAUGAAAUAUCUUAGUUUUAUUGUAGUUAAACUCUUAAUCUGGAGCUUACGCAUAAAACAGUUAACUUCUAGACUCCACCUCUAGAGAUCACGCUUGAAAUUUAAACUUAUUAUAUAAAUUAAUGAUAUACUCAUAAUAUGUGCAUACAGUAUUCAGUUACGGCAAUGGGGGACUCUUUUAUCCUUUGCCCCCUUUGUAGGUUUUCAAAAAACUCGCGCCUCCCUCCUAUAAAUUGAAAAAAAUGAUCACAUUUUGUUUUUAUUUAUUUUUUAUUUUUUCCCUUCAUUGUAAAAUAAAAAUAAUGUAAUAAAUAAAAUUUUACUUCAUAAUGACAGCUUGCGCCUCUCCAGCAAUGUUUACACGCCCCCUCCCACCUGGUUGGGAUACACUGAGUUACCGGGUUCUACAAAACUAAAGCGCUUAAGGUGUUUUAAUUUAUCUGCUUGUGACAAAUAAACAUCCACCAUCUAGUAUUUAUACCAACAAAAAUCUUAAUAAGGACCUAACCCAAUAAAUUAACCAAAUUAUAUUCAAAUUUUCUUUAUUAAUUUAAAUUUUCGUACUAAUCUGAUGAUCAAGAUGGUUUUUUUUACUUUUAAAUUUGGUAUUAUUGAACAUUACUAUUAGGUAUAAUUAAACAUAAUUAUCAUUGUUUUGGGCGAUGAAUUGUAUAUAUAUUUCUCUUUAGUUGUUAUGUUUAAGAAAUUGUAUUAUUUUUUUUUUUGCUUGGACGAUAUUUGUUUUAUUUUAUCAAAAUUAAUUUUUACUUAUAUCUACAGAUUACUAGUGAAACUAAUACUUUAAUUCCACGAAAAAGUUGAGUUUCAAAAAAAUAAACGACGUUAUUUAGUGAAUUGUAAGCGUAAAAGCCAUACAUUUUAGUAUUAAAAAAAUUACAUUAACCAUUAUAUUUUUUUAUUUUUUUUUAUUAUAG